AGUUGAUCGAUCGUUCUAGUGGUCGGACGGUGGCAGGUCGUCUUCGUUGAGCCGGCUUAAGCGUGUGAUUAACGAGUGCUUCAGUCAGUGUGCGUGCGUGUGUGUGUGUGUGCGCUGGAAAAUGUCGCUUCAACCCUUCGACAUCGAGGUGGACCCACCGGGUUCGGAGUUGAUGGAGAUCGCACGUCGGGAGCUUCGUGAAACGCCAGAAACACGUGCCGCAGCCGUGGAGGAACUACGGGCUCUUCUUCAGGAGGCUAAGGACAUGCACUUCAGCGAUGAGGAAGCAUUCCUGCUGAUUUUCCUGCGCCCGUGUCAUUUCUACGCCGAAAGUGCACUGAAAAUGAUGCGUCGAAUCGCAGAGUUCAAGAGGACGAACCACCCUUUGCUACAUGCGCUUAAGCCAGAGGAGGAAAAGCUUGCCUUUAUCGACCACAACGUGGUGAACGUGCUGACGAACCGCGAUCAGAAAGGCCGCCGGGUGUUGCUGGUCAACUGCGGCUCGGCUUGGGAUCCAAAGGCGGUCAGCUCAGAGCAGUUGUUCCGGCUGUUCUUCCUUAUUCACCUAGUAGCGCAGCUUGAGCCGGCCACUCAGAUCAACGGUGUCGUCGUUGUGCUCGACUUCGACGGCCUCUCGCUCAAACAGGUGAAGGCCCUUUCGCCAUCCUUCUCGCGUCGACUGAUCACGUUCAUCCAGGAUGCGAUGCCACUUCGCCUGAAGGAGGUCCACAUUCUGAAGCAGCCGUACAUUUUCAACAUGGUGUGGGCCCUCUUCAAGCCAUUCAUCCGCGAGAAGCUGAAGAAUCGCAUCUUCUUCCACGGUAUGGACAUGCGGAAGCUGCACAAGCACAUCGAUCCGUGCCAUCUGCCGGCCAACUACGGUGGUGAUCGGCCACGGCUGGACUAUGGUGGUAGGGAGUGGUACCCCUGCGUCUACAACUACAUCGAUCACAUUGACCAGUGGAAUACGUUCGGGUAUCUUCCGGUUUCUCAGUGACGAAACCGAGCCCCCAUCUCAAAGUAGAACUUCACCCUCCGAAUACACUAUCGAAUGCAUACUUAUCUAGGUAUUAGGUUAGUUUAGGGUGGCUUAUAGCGCACCGGCAGAGAGCAAGGAAGGAUACACUGACUUAAACCGUUCAUCAACUGAACGAGAGAACCCUCCCACAUGACUUCAGAACCUGCAGUAGUUAGAGAAUGUUUUCAUUCAGCGUAGUUUCAUAGAAGUAGACCUGUUUUUUGUUGUCUGUAGAUUGUUAGACCCAUUUCCACUAGAGACAAGACCACGUAAACGUAUUAAUUGGGUGAAUGGGCACGCGCAUUCCAUCGAUGGCAAUACAAAUCCACACUGUACAUUUCGAUGGCAGAGUCGUAAUGGGCCUCAGGAGAUCUUCUUCCAUGGCAACGACUUGGCAAAAUUCCACCAGUUCAUCAGCGUAGAUCGUCUACCGGCGGACUACGGAGGCAGUCUCCCACCGAUCGACUAUACCGGUCUCGAUUGGUACCCUUGUGUAGCGGCUCAGGAAGAU